UAUACGUCAGGAAUUUUAUGGACUACAGUUCCCAUGUUUACCAACACCAGCCAAACUACAAAGAGCAACAUGGCGGGAAUUGCAGCCUUCCUGAAGAAUGCAUGGAAUAAAGAACCAGUGAUAGUGGUCUCCUGCGCAAUUGGGGUCUCUGCUGUCUUGAUUCCAUUAGUGAGUCCCUACACAAAGUACUCAGGAAUGAUGAAUAAAGCUGUGCCAUAUAACUACCCAGUUCCUGUCCGAAAUGAUGGCAAGAUGGAUGACAUCCCCAGCCACCCGUCUGAACCUAAAGGACCAAACCUGGAUUGGUUUAAAAACCUGUAACAGCCCAUUCCUGUACAGUCCACAACCCAUUGUUUCUGUCCCUAUCUACUUCCCACAAUAAAGAUUCUUUAUUUAAUGUCA